UCUCUCUCUCUCUCUCUCUCAUGAUACAAAAGCCCACUCCAAAAUCCCAUCCACACCUCCAUAUCAGUCACCUUCAGAAGCUUCAAAUCCAUUUAUUCGAAACAAAUUCACAAUAGCAAUGUCUGUGGUUCUUCCCCAUCCAGUCAGAACCCAUCUCUGUAAUUCAUCAAUUUACAAAUUUAAGAAACACCCUCCGCCGGCGGCGGCGCCGGCUAUUUUACCUCCGCCGUCGACUUUGUUGAUGCGAAUAAAUUACUGCCCAAAAUUCUCGUCGCGUAGAAAUGGUCUUUUUAUAUCUCGGGCCGAAGACAAGGCCCGUGGCAGUUCUUCUACUCAACCCCAAUCCGACUCAGACAAUCAGCUUGAGGAAUUGAAUCCAUCUGGAACAUGUGACCCUUUGUGUUCAGUCGAUGAAACAAGCUCCGAAGAUUUCGAAGUCACCACUAACCAAGCCAAGACAGAUUCGUUGAAAGCUUUUGCGAUUCUAGCAGCUGCGGGUACCGGAGCAGGCGCAAUCAAUCAUUCUUGGGUGGCAGAAAAUCAGGAUCUUGCAAUGGCAUUGUUAUUUGGACUUGGGUACGCCGGAAUAAUAUUCGAAGAGUCUCUCGCCUUCAAUAAAAGUGGAGUCGGGCUUUUGAUGGCUGUUAGCUUGUGGGUUAUAAGAAGCAUUGGGGCUCCUUCAACUGAAGUAGCUGUUUCGGAGUUAUCUCAUGCUUCUGCUGAGGUCAGCGAGAUAGUGUUUUUCUUGCUCGGUGCAAUGACAAUUGUCGAGAUAGUUGAUGCUCAUCAAGGAUUCAAGCUGGUCACGGAUAACAUCACCACUCGCAAACCGAGGACUCUGCUCUGGGUGAUAGGUUUUGUGACAUUCUUCCUCAGCUCAGUUCUUGAUAACUUGACAUCUACCAUUGUAAUGGUGUCAUUGUUGAGAAAGUUGGUGCCUCCUUCAGAAUAUCGAAAGAUUUUGGGUGCUGUAGUUGUUAUAGCAGCAAAUGCGGGUGGAGCUUGGACACCUAUCGGUGAUGUAACCACUACAAUGCUUUGGAUACAUGGUCAAAUAUCCACAUUGCAGACGAUGAAGGACCUAGUAAUACCAUCCAUCGUUUCACUGGCUGUUCCUCUGGCUCUUAUGUCCUUCACAAGUGAAGUAAAUGGAAAAGGGCAGGAUGCAGCAGAUGUAUUGGCAACCGAACAGAUGGCACCACGAGGCAAGCUCGUUUUCUCUGUAGGAAUCGGUGCUCUGGUUUUUGUCCCCGUUUUCAAAUCUUUAACGGGAUUGCCCCCUUACAUGGGCAUGCUUCUUGGCCUCGGAGUUCUUUGGAUCCUCACAGAUGCCAUUCACUACGGUGAAUCUGAGAGACAACGUUUGAAAGUACCACAGGCUUUAUCAAGAAUCGACACUCAAGGAGCUCUUUUCUUCCUCGGUAUUCUCCUCUCUGUCAGCAGCCUGGAGGCAGCAGGUAUUUUACGGGAACUAGCAAAUUACCUCGACUCGCAUAUUCCGAAUAUAGAACUGAUAGCGAGUUCGAUCGGAGUUGUAUCGGCAAUUAUAGACAAUGUGCCGUUAGUUGCUGCAACAAUGGGAAUGUAUGACUUAACUUCUUUUCCUCGAGAUUCGGAAUUUUGGCAGCUAGUGGCAUAUUGUGCCGGUACAGGUGGGUCCAUGCUAAUCAUCGGAUCUGCUGCUGGUGUUGCGUUUAUGGGGAUGGAGAAAAUCGACUUCUUUUGGUACUUCAAGAAGGUAACUGGCUUUGCUUUUGCUGGUUAUGCUGCUGGGAUUGCUGCAUAUCUGGCUGUUCAUAAUCUGAGUAUUUCGGUUCCGACAACUCUAGCUGAGAUUCCGUUUCUUUCUGGUUCGUAAGUAACGAAGGGAGUUGAUCUGUUAAUGUUAUCAAGUGUAUCAAUGAAUGUAAUUCUGUAGUUUAUAAUAGUGAACUCGUUCUGUAUAUUUUUUGCUUAGACAAAGACACUCAAUAAGGGCAAGGGCAAAACCGUACAUUGUAUGAGCGAAGAUGUUGGUUACGAAGAAGCCCUCCAAAUUUUGUUGUGGAAAUGUAACAUCGACUUUUUUAUUGUGCAAAAAUAAGAUUGUUCAAGAAUGCCUGCAU